GCUUCAUUUAAUUGGUUAUGGGCUUUUUUCUAAAUCAUUCAUUCACGAGGUGAAAUAAGCCCAAUGGGCUGAUCCCACGUUUGAAAUAGUUUAUACUUUCUCAAAUUAAAUCGGUCCGUUAAAGUUAAACCAAAUCUAGAUAAUUUUUCCCUCUGAUUUUGAAUUUUUCUGACGGUUUGGGGAUAUUAGCGCAGAAUUGGAGCUAGGUUAGUGGAUUGUUCAUUGUCCGGUGUCGGAGAUGAGAGAUCAGUCGAGGAAUUUCGAAAUGGUAAUUUCAUGGGGAGAUGAAUUGAUCCAUGUUUUGGAUGAUAGGAAAGGAUUUGACGUGUUGGUACAAACUCUCGAGCAACUGAGAGCUAUUCCAUUCUCCUGCGACGAAGAUUUUAAAGAGAUACAUGAAUCUCUCCAAGAUUUGCAGAAGAAACUCGAUGUUUGCAAGGAGAAGACAGAUGAGGCAAAUUCAGAGAUUGCGGAUGAAGAAGAAAUUGAGCGUCUUCAGAAAGAGCUUGAUGAAGAGCUAGAACUAGAGUGCAAGCUGAAGGAGGAGCUUAGAUUCAUAGCUGAUGAACUCAAAGACCUGAAUUCUCAGGAGGCAUUAUUUGAAGAGCACAGAUUAGCUAUAAAGAGGAACAAGCGGGACCAGUUGAGAACCGAGACAAAGCUUCCUAUGUAUGCUUCUGUCACUCGAGUUAUACCAAACAUUGAUGAUUCAUUGAAGACCUCAGGCUAUAUGGUUGGUCGAGACAAAAGGCUAAUGGACAAGUUCGAAUUCGAUUCAAACAAGAGUACUUCUGUCUACGAGACAUGUAAUGGUAUUUGGGAUAUUAUAAACAGGCAAUAGACAGCCUUAACAACCAAACCGCCUUUGUUUAUGAUUCGUUAGAUGUAAAAAGCUUCAUGGCCUCUGUACUAUGAACAAUAUCUGAUGUUAUGAGUUCCUUUUUUGUUCUUGUUGAAUACCUCUCUGUAGGUAUCAGUGCUUAACUUUUUUUUUUUUUUU